AUGCUGAUGUGGAUGUCAGCACGCAGAGGUUCUCAGCAGUGGAAGCCGAGAGGACACAGGAGAAGAAAGAUGAGGAGGGCCCGAGCCAAGAUGAACCAGUGUCUGCCAUGUUUCAUCGUCACAGCCGUCAUCAUGGGUUUCUUCUGCCAAGGGGUGGACAGCGCGUCUGGUGAGUUCGCCCGGAAGUUGUUAUCGGACCUGUUCCAGAACUACACGUCCUCCAUCCGGCCUGUCAGGAACACGUCACGGCCCAUCACUGUCACGUUCGGCGUGGCGCUGGCGCAGAUCAUAGACAUGGAUGAGCGGAACCAGAUCCUGACUGCGUACUUGUGGCUCCGACAGAACUGGGUGGAUGAAUUCCUACAGUGGGACCCUGCGGACUAUGACGGACUGGAGUCACUGAGAGUUCCCUCCCGCAUGCUGUGGACUCCAGACAUAGUGUUGUACAACAACGCCGACGACGACUUCUCCAGCCGUAUGGAGACCAACGUGGCGCUGGACUUCACCGGCCACAUCUACUGGGACUCCCCGGCCAUCACCAAGAGCUCCUGCGAGGUGGACGUCUCCUUCUUCCCGUUCGACCGGCAGAAGUGCCGCCUGACCUUCGGCUCGUGGACGUACAGCGGCGGGCAGAUCGACGUGUUGAACGAGUCGUUCACGGGAGACCUGACCGACUACGUGCGGAACGCCGAGUGGGAACUGGUCGGGAUGCCCACGAGGAGAAACCUCAUCGUCUACGGCUGCUGCCCCGAGCCGUUCCCGGACGUGACUUUUACCAUCAUGCUGGAACGAAAAUCUCUGUACUACAUCUUUAACCUGAUCCUCCCGUGCAUGCUGAUAUCUAUGCUAGCGCCCAUGAGUUUCUACCUCCCGGCAGACUCCGGAGAGAAGGUGUCCCUGGGCAUCACAGUACUCCUGGCGCUGACCGUGUUCCAACUCGUGGUCGCUGAGGCACUCCCGCCUUCUGAGAACAUCCCCUUGAUAGGAAAGUACUACAUCGCCAGUAUGACGCUGAUGUCCCUGUCCACGGGGAUGUCGUGUUUCGUCAUGAACAUCCACCACUGCGGCCCAGAGGCUCGCCCCGUCCCCCGCUGGAUGCGCUGGCUCAUCCUCAAGUGGCUGGCCCAGAUCCUGCUCUUCCGCGACCUCAGCAUCCCCUGCUGCAAGAACGACAAACCCAAGUGCCGCGCCUCACCGCGCACGAGCAGAAGCGGCAGCCACCACGACUGCGACAACAACACCGCCAGCUGUGCGCAUGCCCGGGAGCGCGCAUGCUCACUGGAUAAGAUUGAGAAGGAGGUUCGAUACGUCACAGAUCGGCUCCGGAAGAAGGAUAAGGAGAACAUGGUGGCCGCGGAGUGGCAGAGAGUGGCUAAAGUGGUGGACAGACUGUUCCUGUGGCUCUCGCUGCUAACCGCCAUUGCCGUCAGCCUGCUGAUACUGGGAUCUUACGUGUGA